CACAAUACUUUUUUUCUGAAAUCUGCAUGUGACAUUUUGUUUUUACCCAUGUAACUGUUAACACAGGGAUGUAUUUCAGAGCACAUCUUUUCUGUCUUCUCCUUGUAUAUAUAGGUGGACAUACACAGCUAAACAUCAUUCAGUAUCCACCUGAAGUAGAUGAAUUUUUGCAGAAUAGUGUUAUCCUGAGCUGUCAGUGGGAAACCAAGCCAACUUUUGAACGUAUCUCCAUAGAAUGGUUUAAGUGCGAAGAUACAAAAACAACUUUGACAGAAAUAAAAGGAGGAGAGAAGAUGAAUUACACACUGUUUACCAAGGAUAAAACUAGAAGGCUAAAUGAGUCGAUACUAAACAUCGGCAAAGCUUUGCUAAAUCACAGAGGCAUUUAUUACUGUGUUGUGACAGUGGAAAUACCUCCACCACCAAAACCUCACUUUGGAAAUGGAACAAGAUUGAUCAUUAAAGAAAGGGAAAGGAAAGUGGAAAUAAAGUGGAUUAUGAUCACAGCAGGUGGCAUAUCCCUCUUAAUUGCUGUCACAGGGCUAGGAUGUUGCCUAAGAAACAACGCUAAGAGAGUUAAUACUGAUGGUACAUCACAGUUGAGGAAAAGUUUUAGAUUUCAUAUUGAAGAUCAAGAUGCUCCUGAAUCCAAGUGCAAGAUGUUAACCAAAGCAGCAACCAGUCCAGCCACAGAGGAUCUGUCUGAUAAUAAUGAAUAUAAAAGAGAGUUGAAAUCUGAAAAUGGGAACAAGAGCUCAAAGCAGAAUGCCAAAAGGAAAGUAAUGAAACAUCAGUGCCAAGAAAAGAAAGAAAGAACAGCAAACAAUCCAGCCUCUAAGGCUAUGUCUUGUAAUAAUGAUAACAAAAGAGAGUUGAAAUCUGAGAAGAGGAUUAUGAGCUCAAAGCAGAAUGGAAACAUGAAAGUCAUGAAACAUCAGUGCCAAGCAAAGAAAGAAAGAGCAGUGCACAAAAAUCCUGCAACACCAUCCUGCAAACCACCAGGAUCUGCUCCAGUGAAAUCUUCCAGCAAUCCAAGAUCAGCUCCAGUGAAAUCUUCCAGCAAUCCAAGAUCAGGACAACUGCGACCUUCCAGCACACCAUGUUCAGGACACCAGAAACAUAGUAACAAGCGUAAUCUCCCUAAAAAGAGGCAGACUCCAGUUCUACAAGAUGACUCGGAUGCCAUUUAUCAAAAUUUGUGACAAGAAUGUUUGAGUAUCCAAGGGAAAGAAUGUCAUCACUGAAGAGUUGUGCUGUACCUUGGAUUAGCACUUUCUCCUUGCAGUGACAUUAUUUACAAAAAGUACUUUUUGCACUUAGCAAUGGUCAAAUAUAGUGUAUACUCAGAGAUGAAGGAAACAAAAUAUAUAGCUAAAGCCAGCAACCAAACAACUGAAUUUAACAAAAAUAACAAUUCAGUAAUGUUAAACAGCCCAGCAGUCAAACAGAAUAAGUAAUAUUGUGUCUUGUUAAAAAAACACAGAGACAUUACUUCUUCAAAGUAACUGAUACACUUAUG